CCUCCACACAGCACCCGAGAGCCUCGCAGUACAAUGUUCACUUUGUGUGUGGACGUCGCUCUUGUUAUAUCAGGUGUCCUAGUUGUUUGCAAUGCUGUGGAGAACACAACCUCAACAUUGACAGGUGCCCCUGUAGCCGCCGCUGUGCGCUCACACUUUUCCGACUGCCCUGACAGCCACCGGCAGUUCUGCUUCCACGGAUCGUGUCGCUUUCUGGUGCAGGAGGAGACGCCAGCUUGCAUAUGCCACUCGGGGUUUAUCGGGAUUCGGUGUGAACACGCGGACCUCCUGGCGGUGGUCGCAACUAAUCAGAAGCAGCAAACAAUCGCAACUUUAGUUGUGGUGUCUAUAGUCGUGUCAGUCCUUCUGAUCGCAGUUUGCGUCUUAAUACACUGCUGUCGAAAGCGCAGGAAAUGCGAAUUCUGCCAAACACUGUUCUCUCGCCACGAAAUCAGUCUCCUGAAGAGCGGAGCAGGAGGCAGUCACAGUGACACAGGAGUGUGAGAGGGAGCAUAAUGCACAGUGCUGGCCACGUGACGUACAACCGGCUCUACAUUGCCAUCAGAAGACAACACAACACAACAGGCAAAGGAACUUUCAUCUCUAGGAAGAGAGGGACACUUUGCUGAACAACCUCUUAAGAAGAUAUUUUAUAUUCGUGGGGAACUUUUUUUUAGUUUAAUUUAAUUGUAUUUUAUUAUUGUCCGCUUAACUUAUAGACACGUCGAAAUAAGGGCAUCACUUCCCCGCGUAUGUUGUAUAAUAAUAAUAAUACUUGCAUUUGA